UCUAGUGGCAAGAGUGACUUUAAGGACCACUUACCUGCCCUCACAAAAGAGACAUAUAGAUGGUACUGAGCUAACUGGGCAAAGAAGUAGAGCAGGACAUCCAUCCACAUCAUGAGCGCAGAGCCUCAGUAUUUCCCAGAGUUGGGUGUGGGAAGGUAUUACGGGGUGAGGCCACAUAUAGAGAUUUAGAAAGAAAUUCAAGAAAGUGCAGUAUCAUAGAAACCAGGAGAGGAGAGAAGGCCAUAAUGAAGGCUCUAGUCAACAUGGACACAUUCUUCCAGCAAAGCUGUAAGAACAAUGAGAGUGAGAUAAUAACUAGACUGGGCAAUGACAUGGUUUGGCACCAUGGUUUACAUCUUGGGAAACAUUGUAUUGCUUCAGGGAGUGACAAAGUGAAUCACAAUGAGGAAGAACAGUCCAUUUUUAUGUAUUACACCAUUAAAUAAUUAUUAAGUCACCUCUCUACCUUCAUUUACUUAGAUAAUUUAUCAUUGUAUUUUCAUUAAAAUCAGAUCAUUAGUUUGGAUAAUACAGACCUCAGGGAAAAAAUUACUCUUAGGUUUGUUAAAAAUUGAAUAAACGUGUUUUCUAAACUUGUUUUAAAAUUAUUGUUUAGAACUCAUGUGGAUGCAAUUUUAAGAGAUGCAUCUCUUAAGACACAAUUUUAAGAGGUGCGUCUUUUAAGACACAAUGUUAAGAGGUGCAGCUCUUAAAUUCACAUUAAGUUAAGUAAACCAAAUCUUACUAUAGAAGUUUCUCAUCACAUAUUCACCAUUACAUAGGUUCAGAUAUGUGUUCUUAAAGUCUUUAGUUAGUGUCUAAGUAGAACAGAGGAGUUCUACAACCAUACUUUUUAUUUAUCAAAAAGAAAAAAAGAAAGGAAAAAGAUGUCCAGAUUCUCACCAUCUGUCUGACUUACAAAUGCACCUGACUAAAAAUAAACCAUUCAGGAAUAAGCCAUUCACACUUCCUCUGCAGUGACUUUGAAGUGUUUGUCAAGAUACCCGUAUUAAAUUAAGAAACUUGGCGCUCUGGUCCUUUAAUGGUGCUGACAUUCUGACUCACAUAUGCCCGAGGGAAGGCAGAACACAGGACAGCUGAGAACACCAGAGAACUGGCAGUUGGGAGCCUGAUGGAGGACAAGCAGGGCCUGGAGGACAGGUACGUGACAGAAGCACAGGAAACAAAGAAAAAUGGUAAGUUGACCUGGAAAAAAAUUUGAGGAGAUUUGUAAGCAGAGUAAGUUAAAGUAGCAGAAUACUUUCAUGUAGCCCUUAACAACAACAACAAGAAAAAAAUAAUAAUAAAGGGGGGAAAAAAAGAAUCAUUUCUGAGAUUUGUCGAUAGGAGGAAAAACAAAGAACCAAAACUUUUCCCUUGAAAUGUUCACUGUAAUUAAUCAAGGAACAUUAUUAACUAUUAGGGUCCUGACUAAAGGUUACAUAGCUAAUUAGGACUUAGAAAGCCUUGGAUUUUUUAAAAAGAGUUAUAGACCAGUUAGAUUUAUAAAAGAAAUUGGAAGAAUUACCAUAAAAAUACAAUUUUUUAAAAUUUGUCUUAUAAAGGACAAUCUGUAAUCACCAUUACAUGACAUUUACAAAGUUUUUUCCUAGGAUAUGAUUUAGCUCUUUCAUUGUAAACUUAAAAAAAAAAAAAAAAACAACUCUAUAGUUUGAGUAUUGUUUUAACAUUAUCUUUCAUUUCAAAGAUAUUGUUUCCUGAUAAAACUGGUAAAAGAUUGGGAUUUUGCUAUUUAGUAACAUUUGACAAACUGUGAUUUACUCUUUUUUUUUUCUUGUCAGAAGAAAUGAAAACAAGAGUUCAUCACUACAGAGGCACCCUGACAGCGUAAAUAUCAUGAAAAGCUAAAAACUAGAAUCAUCUGGUAAAAUAAAUAAGACUCAUCAUGUCCUUUUCGGUCCGUAACCAGAAGGGCAGCAAAAGGCCUUUGCCACUGGGGCCUCAUCUUUUGCUCCAAGUCCCACGUAGCAAUUACCUGCACUUUCAAGAGGAGAAACAACGACUACACCUAAAGAAAUUCCUUCUUCAUAGGAUGUUUCUAGUGGCCAAGAUACAAACAAAGGUAGAAAGAAAAGAUAUUGCUGACUACUAUGAACAAGUGUUUCAGUCAGUUUUGAAGCAUCACCUGGGAGAAACAGUGACAGGAUUGCUGCUCAUCUAUCCUACUUCCAUUCUGCAUAUCCUCGAGUCCUCCAGCGACACUCUCUACCAAGUGCUUUUAGAUUAUACUGGCCAUGACAAAGAUGAAACAGAAUUUUUUAUUCAACAAAUGAAAAUUAUAGUCAUUUCUCAUAACAUUCCAAUGAGGCUUUUUAUGCAAUGGCAUGUUUCAGUGAUAAAAGUGCCAGUUAUGUAUCUCGAUGAUGUGACACAAUCACAGUCCCUAAAAGAGGUCAUCACAGAUUUUCUCACACAAACUCAUAAACUGUCAGUCUAUCUUUGCAAGACUAUGAAAGUAGGCACUAAAGGACCAGGUGAUAACUUACACCAAGUUGCACCUGACCUGCUCCUCCCAGAACAAAUCAUAAAGUACUUGUGCAAAUCUGAAGAAUUCAUGGACCCAGCAACAUUUAUAAACAUGUAUAAUAGACCCAUACACAUCAUUCUGGAUUCUGAGGUGGUAUGGCCUGCUCCUUCACGUUUCUAGGAUUGAGAGGGAUAAUGUGCUCAUGUCUCUUAAGGAAUUUGUGCUACUUAAAUAAAGAAGAAAACAUUCUUAAAGUUA